GUGCGCUGGAAAGGCCGGGAGCCCUGGAGGUGCUGCUCGCCCGCCCGCCCCGCGGCAGCCCCGGCUCGCCGCGGCGCCAGGCAGGGCCCCCGCCGGAGGAUGCUCGGCCGGCCCCCGGGGCCAGGACCUGGACUAGCAGCAGGACUGGAACUGGCAGCGUGUGCUGCGCUCCGCGGACGCCCCCCACCCGCGGCACCCCGAGAGUAGCUGCUGGAAGGACUCCCUGCCGUAGCCGCUGACGCUAUGGAAGACCGCAUCCGCUGCUCUCGGCUGUAGGAUGGUAGCGCACAGCAAGGUGUCAGCAGAUAAUGGUCUUGGAGCAGACCCACGACGGCUUCUUGACCCUCCGGCACGGGAUCGCUCACAGGCACGAGGCUUCCAGGGCCCCGGCCGGCCCGGCACUCUGCAGGCACAGGGCAACACGCACUUCCGAACCUUUCGCUCCCAGGCGGAUUUCAGUAGCAUCACUCGAGCCAGCAGCCUGCUGGAUGCCUGUGGCUUCUACUGGGGGCCUCUGACUGUCAGUGCUGCCCACGAGAAGCUGAAGUCUGAGCCCGAGGGCACCUUCCUCAUCAGGGACAGCACACAAAAGAAUUGCUUCUUUGCCAUCAGUGUUAAGACUGCAACUGGGCCCACCAGUAUCCGGAUUAACUUCCAGACUGGGCGUUUCAGCCUGGAUGGCAGCAAAGAGACUUUUGACUGUCUUUUUAAGCUGCUGGAACAUUACCUAAGCUCCCCGAGGAAGGUACUGGUUACCCCCCUUCGCAAGGUCCGGGUGCAGCCACUGCAGGAGCUCUGCCGGAAAAGCAUCGUGAAGACUUUUGGAAGAGAGAACUUAAAUCAGAUCCCACUGAAUCCCGUUUUAAAGGACUAUCUGAAAUCCUUUCCAUUUCAGAUAUAAGCGCAGCAUUAACUGUAUAGGGACACAUUAGACAUGUGUAACAAAAUCCAUCUUCCUGGGUUUUUAAUUAUGUUUGACAGUGAGCAAACUUAUUUUUGUAGCAGUUUACUGUAUUUUGUGAUGGAACCUCAACACUUGACUUCUUAUGUUUACAAAAACUGUUUGCACAAACCUGGGGUUUUAAAACCCUGGCAUGAUUUUUCUGCCAAGCAGAAUAUUUUACUAUUUUAUAAUAUUUUUAAUGAUAUUAACAUAAUAAACUUUAUUGUCACAGUUUUUAAAAAAAAAUAGCAUCUCUGAUUUUAGUUUUAAAGGCUCUGGCACCUAUCCUGCUGGCAGAUUAACUGCUUAACUGAGUGUGUAAGUGCAGAGAGGUCUCCACAUGGUCCUGCUUCUUUGCCCUAGCAAAUUAGUCUGUCUGGUCCAGCAGGCAGAGGAUUCCUGCCUGCAAAAGCCUACAACAAAAAAGGGCAAGCAAGUAGAAAAUAUACUCAGGGUGAAUCUGCCCAGGAAUCUACCUCUCUCCUAAAUCCAUGAGAGCAGGGACAAUGUCUUAAGCCUGCAGUGGUGCAUAGUUUUUGACAGAGUAAAUCAAACCCUUGGCUGAGCAAGCCGCACCAACACUGGUUUGCCUUAUUUCUGUGGAAAGGUGCAAAACCCUGAGCUAGAAGACGUUGCUGUCUGACGUAACCAAACCCCAUGAAAAAAAACCCAGUUUUAUUUUUCCUCGGUGGGGAAAAAUAAAACUGUCCAGAAAUGCUCUUCACACACUUUAAAAGUCUGUGAAUCCUGUAUCAUUGUGGUGCAUUGGGGAAAUGAUGGCUUAGUUCCCUUUGUAAAUUUGCAUACACAAAUGGCAAAGGUGCAGACAUCCUUACACAUAAAAAAGAUGUUUCUCAUCUUAAAUUCCUCCUGAUCUACAGAGCAGAGAUUUGACAUGUUAAAAGAAUCUGUGACUUAGCUCCAUGACAGGAUCCAGAGAACAUAAGCCUCUACAUUUGCAGCUGUAUUUUCUAGUGGCUAAAUUGCAUUCAGAGAAAGUUAAACUACAUUAACUGUUCUGUUUCCAUCUGCUCAUCAAACACAAAAACAGUGCCCCCAGAAACUGCAGCUGUGAAUGACUUGAAAUGCCUGAUUUGGCAAAGUGUCACCUGCAUUAUGAGAAGGGGAUUCUCCUCUCCCCCAAGCAUUUCCUGAAAUCCAUGAAAAGCUGACUUAGAAAAACAGCUGAACCAAAUCACUUCAAAGAAGGCACAGAGUCUUUCACAGAAAUGUACUCUAUCAGCCCAGAUCUACAGGGCUUACAGGAACUGCAAGAAGUAAAUGAAGUAAUCUUCAGAGUUUGGGAGAUAAAAGGUCUCUCCCCCUACUGUAAUUCACAUUCCUUUGAAAGAUAAAGCCACUUUUAGGAGACACUGAGUGUAUGUUCUAUAGUGAUCCUUUACCAAAUCAGCUCUUACUUCAUUGAUAUUUCUUUGGAAUAAAUAGGUUUCCUCCUCAGACAUGACUAAGGAUCACUCAGUGGAUUGAAGAUUACAAAAAAAGAUAAAAAGAACACGCAGUA